UGCCUCUGCCUCCCAGAGUGCUGGGAGCAAAGGCGUGCGCCACCACCGCCCAGUAAAGAAUUUUUUUUAAUGUAAAUGUAUGAAGUUCUUUGAAAAAUAAUUGUAAUAAUGAGUUCCAGUACUGCUAGCCAAAGCUCCAUUAAAAAAAAAAGAGCAAACAAACAAAACACCUUGAAAAAUAUCUUAUUUAAAAAUAGUGUUUUCAAACAGCCCAGGCUAGCCUCAUCCUUGUAUUGGUCUGAUCUUGAUGCCUCACAGUGAGCUACCACACCUAGUUAGAGUCAUAGUACUUUGACUUAUGUGACAUAUCUCACUUCCUAGGCUUCCUUCCCUUGCUUCAGAGAUCCGAGUAGUUCAGCCUGGCCGGGAACUCACUGUGUAUAGCCCAGGUUGGCCUUCAAUGGCUGCCUUGACCUCAGAAAUGCUGGGCUUCAUCUAGUAGAAAAAUAUGUCAAGUUAGAGUUAAAGGACACUUCUGUUUUUUGUUUGUAUGUUUUUUGUUUUUCGAGACAGGGUUUCUCUGUAUUGUUUUGGAGGGUGCCCUGGAACUCACUCGGUAGACCAGGCUGACCUUGUACUCACAGAGAUCCACCUGCCUCUGCCUCACGAGUGCUGGGAUUAAAGGCAUGUGCCACCAACGCCCAGCGGACGCUUCUGUUUGUAAUGACAACAGAGGUGAAAAAGAUAACUAGGGACUGCAUUUGACCAGAAGUCUCACAUACUGUAAACAGAGCAACAGUUAAAUAAUGGCAGAGACAAGUCUGUUAGAGGCUGGAGCCUCUGCAGCCUCCACGGCUGCUGUCCUGGAGAACCUGCAAGUGGAGGCUAGCUGUUCCGUGUGCCUGGAGUAUCUGAAGGAGCCGGUUAUCAUUGAAUGCGGGCACAACUUCUGCAAAGCGUGCAUUACCCGCUGGUGGGAGGACCUAGAGCGGGACUUCCCUUGCCCAGUCUGCCGGAAGACAUCCCGAUACCGGAGUCUCCGGCCUAACCGACAACUGGGCAGUAUGGUGGAAAUCGCCAAGCAGCUCCAGGCCGUCAAGCGGAAGAUCAGAGACGAAAGCCUCUGUGCCGAACACCACGAGGCCCUCAGCCUCUUCUGCUACGAAGACCAGGAGGCUGUCUGCCUGAUAUGUGCAAUUUCCCAUACCCACCGGGCCCACACGGUCGUGCCCCUGGAUGACGCUACACAGGAGUACAAGGAGAAACUGCAGAAGUGCCUGGAGCCCCUGGAGCAGAAGCUGCAGGAGAUCAACUGCUGCAAAGCCUCCGAAGAAAAGAAACCCGGGGAGCUCAAGAGACUAGUGGAGAGCCGCAGACAGCAAAUCCUAAAGGAGUUUGAAGAGCUCCACAGGAGGCUGGAUGAGGAGCAGCAGACUCUCCUUUCACGACUGGAAGAAGAAGAGCAGGACAUUCUACAGAGGCUUCGGGAAAAUGCUGCUCACCUUGGGGACAAGCGCCGGGACCUGGCCCACUUAGCUGCUGAGGUGGAGGGCAAGUGCUUACAGUCAGGCUUCGAGAUGCUUAAGGACGUGAAAAGUACCCUGGAAAAAUGUGAGAAGGUGAAGACCAUGGAGGUGACCUCAGUAUCUAUAGAGCUGGAAAAGAACUUCAGCAAUUUCCCCCGGCAGUACUUUGCCCUCAGGAAAAUCCUUAAACAGCUAAUUGCGGAUGUGACCCUGGACCCCGAGACGGCUCAUCCUAACCUCGUCCUGUCAGAGGAUCGGAAGAGUGUCAAGUUUGUGGAGACAAGACUCCGAGACCUCCCUGACACGCCACAGCGUUUCACUUUCUACCCUUGUGUCUUGGCUACUGAAGGCUUCACCUCAGGCCGCCACUACUGGGAGGUGGAGGUGGGCGACAAGACCCACUGGGCAGUGGGAGUGUGCCGGGACUCCGUGAGCAGAAAGGGCGAACUGACGCCACUCCCCGAGACUGGCUACUGGCGUGUGCGGCUAUGGAAUGGGGACAAGUACGCAGCCACCACCACACCUUUCACCCCUUUGCACAUCAAGGUGAAACCUAAGCGGGUGGGCAUAUUCCUAGACUAUGAGGCUGGCACGUUGUCUUUCUACAACGUCACAGACCGCUCACAUAUCUACACCUUCACUGACACUUUUACUGAAAAACUUUGGCCCCUCUUCUACCCAGGGAUCCGGGCUGGCCGGAAGAAUGCUGCACCACUUACUAUCAGGCCCCCGACAGAUUGGGAGUGACGAGAUUUGUAGCUUCAUUGGGGUGAGGCAGGGUCAAGAGUGACGGGUCUUCCUUGCUGUGACCUGCUGGAAUGUCCUGGUGUCUGCGUGGUUCCAGUCCUGAGCCAUCUUGAGAAACCACCUGGUCUCUGGGAUGGUUUGUGUGAAGGAGUAAAGACGGGACUGGGCUGCGUGACAGCACAGAUGAGUGUCCCUACUAAACCGUAGUGGGGAAGCGGGCUCCCAGGGGGUUGUAGCCUCUGGUGUCCAGCAGGUUUCCCAUUGCACAAGGACAAGUUGGCAAAGGAAAGGCUUCUCUAGAAAUAGAAAGUCGACACAUAAAGAGUCUUAACUUGCUUACAGUGCAGGAAACAGAAACCUUUAAAAGGCUUCUGUGACUCGAAGAGUAGCCCUUGUUCCUAUGGAGCACAUAGGGAUCUGUGUACCUCUGGGUUGGAGAGAUGAGUGGCAGCUGCUGUCCUGAGUCUAGAAGUUGAGGGGCUUUUCUGAGGGCAGAGAUGGGGCAUUCAAGUCAGGAGGAGGGUCGGGAAGACGCUAAAGGGACACUCUAGAAAGGAAUGGAAGAAGAGGGGGGUUUCUUUGGUAUUCCCUUGUUAGGGUGAUGUUACCAUUACCCAUAGGAUUAGCCAGAGGUUGGGAUUUGGGGAGAAGGGAGAAGGUGGGCAGAAAGGAGAACCCAGGUCUCGGAAGCUGGCUUCUCCCUGUCCCCUGCAGGUGGUUGUCUCCAAGAAGCAGACCCACCUUUCUCCCCUCUGGGGAGAUGGAAGCAGGCCUACAGGAUUCACACAUCUGCCCUUCCACUGUUUUCCCAAGGGAAUUUGGGGAGGAGUCGGCUACUGGAGGAAAGAAAAUGGUGUAUCCAAAGCCCUGGCCUUAAAGAAUGUUAAAAGUAGUUAUUCCCAAGUUGUCUGUCUUGUCCCUGGCUCAGGUGUCUAAGCCAGGAAGGAAGAAAGGUAAUGGAGUUUUUCUUACCCCACGAGAACAGGGUUCUGGAAGAGGGUGGUUUCUGUAGCAAAGGGCCAGGUAGACAGCUUCAUUCGCUUCUCCUGUCAUCCUUCGCCCUUUGACAUUCCCCUUUUCAGAGAAUGUAAAUCGUUUUAAGUUAGGCCAAAAUAAACAACCCAUAGGGUACAUGCGUUGUCACAAAAGGUGAUGAGAUGCAUGCCAAACCACACGACCUGGAUUAUCUGCCGCCUGGGGAAUCUCCGUACACGACUGGGAACCAGAAACUGCAUCGAGGACAUUUCCGUUCUCCCACCUCAACAGGACUUUUGUCCACUCUCUUCUUACCUUUGUGCCUUGACUGUGGUUCUUUGUGGCAAGACAAUUUGGUUGGUCGAAAUACGGAACAAAGGAUCCACUGAUGUGAUCUGAGUUGUGUGGUAAUUUGGCAGUGGCCUUAUGUGAGACUCCCUGGCUAUGAAAAUACAUGUUCUUGGGUCUCA